UCGUAAUGUGGUAGGAACUUCAUCCAUUAGAACAAAAUUUCACCGGGGCGUGCAGGAGGCAGGUGAAGGCGGGGAGGAGGGAAGAGCCAGCGCACACCAGCUCGCUCCCGUCAGUCUACCACUGCUCGCAGAUGGGGAAGGUUGUCAGUGUUUCUCUUCGUCUGCUGUUUUCGCUCGAAGAAAACUUGAGUGACAUGAUUUUUUUUUUUUUCUUCGUGGAAAUUUGAUAUAUCGUAAAAUAUCCCAUUAAGAACUUCUACGCGUUAGUGUUCCAUAACGUACUUUGGUUCAAGAUUGAGGGACGAGUUUUUGAAAUGUGCAACGAAGAACAUUACCUUCAUGUUUAACGGCUGAAUCACCUUGCACUCUACAGUCACUCUCCGGGACCUGACGCGAGGUUCUGCUAACACUGAGCUCUUUUGUGACUCAAGCCGAUCCUGAGGGACGGCUCCUGUGCUCGGUGUGAGGAGUGCGUCACUCGCCCAGCCAGGUGCUGCCGCAGAGCACCUGUGUCACCGCAGGAAUGUGGCACAGGAGCGGCAGGGGCGCAGCUUGGUCCAGUAUGGCCAUGGCGGCAAGCCUUGUCCUUUUGGCUCACGGCGGCUCAGGAGGAAACUAUUUCGCACCCGUCUCCAAAGAUGACGACCGCUGGGGGACGCUGGUGGCGGUGACGGCGGUGCGAGGUUCCACGGCCAAGCUUCCUUGCCGCAUCAGUUCCGACAACCCCUCGGAGCCCGUGCUGCUCGUCCUCUGGUACAAGAACGCCUCCGUCACCCCCGUCUACAGCUACGACUCCCGUGGCCUGGACGGGAGGCCUAGCAGUGCGGGACGCCCACACCAAUGGGGGGACGAGGAGGCGUGGGGAGUGGAGCAGCGGGCCUGGUUCGACACCUCGCUCACCCCCGCCCACCUGCUGGUGAGGGACGUGCGGGGCCAGGACGAGGGCAAGUACACUUGCAAGGUGCACUUCCGGGCCUCGCCGUCCUGGUCCCAGCGGGUCACCCUCACCGUCAAUGACCCGCCGGGCUUCCCAAGGAUCCAGGACGGUUCUGGCCAUCGCCUGGAGGGUCCCAUCGGGCCUUAUGGGGAUGGCACCGUCGUCAGGAUGAUGUGUCUCAGCUCGGGGGAGCCACCGCCCGGGCUGGUGUGGGGCGGCAGUGGGGUGGAGCUGGGCAAGACCACUGAAGAAGAGAGGGUGGGUGCUGUGGCCAGGACCUGGUUUACGAUACUGGCCACUCGAGCUACGGCCGACACCACCAUCACCUGCUCCACCACCAACGCCUCCGUCUCCUCGGGCAUCAUGAACACAGUCUCCACCACGCUGAAGGUCAACCUGGCGCCACUCACGGUACAGCUGGAGGCCCCUGGGGAAUGGGUGAGCGCCGGCCAGCAGACAUCCUUCAGGUGCCGCGUGGUGGGCUCCUCGCCACCGCCAGUCGUGCAGUGGUGGCUGGGCGGCCGCCGCCUUACUGCGAAUGCGCCGCUGACUUCAGUGGGCGGGAACGUGAGCGUGAGCACGGUGAGGUUGACGCCGCAGCCUGGCGAUCACAAGGUGCCGCUGGUGUGCAAAGCAUACAGCCCCAACCUGGCCGGCAGCGUCCUCCAGGAUCAGCUCAUCCUCGCCGUCCACUUCGUGCCUGUCGCCACGGUGAACGUGCAUGGUGGCGGGUCUGAGGCGGCUACCGUGCGAGAAGGCAGCAUCAUCACCUUCACCUGUCACCUGCAGGCCAACCCCUCCGUCUACAACAUUACCUGGUUCCAUAACGGGCGUGCGCUGCGGGGGUGGGCGUGGGGAGUGGAGGUGAACAACGCCACGCUGCGGCUGCUGAACGUGACGGCGGCCAUGCGGGGACUGUACACCUGCGUCGGCAGCAACCCUGAGGGUGACGGCCAGAGCAACGCACUCAACCUGAACGUGGAGUUCGCACCGGUGUGCGCAGUGCAGCAGCGUCGGCACUACGUGGUGGCACCGGGCGGGGCCGUCACUGUAUCCUGCCAGGUAGAAGCGUACCCCACAGGCCUCACCUUCACCUGGGCCCUUAAGAACGACUCAGAGGGCUCGCCAAUAAGGCUGCACAGCGUAGGGCGCGAGGAAGGACUGACGGGCCACUACACCUUGAGAGGCGUCACGCAGAAAAGUGUGGAGGUGUUGUGUUGGGCUCAGAAUGACGCCGGCACCCAGACCACGCCAUGCAAACUGACCGUCUACACUCAAGGUCGGCCGGGCCCGGUGAGGAACUGCAGCGUCAACAGCCACACGGCGUCUGGGUUCCGGGUGUGGUGCGAGGCGGGGCCGCCGCGGGGCACCAACACUCGCUAUUCCCUUCUGGUGUACACACAGGCAAGUCUGAUUUACCCAGAGAGACGCUUGUUGCUUUACUGGACACGACAUUCAAUAAGUUAAGUAACAAAGUUUAACUAACCAAUGAGCGAAGACCACCUAAUUUUCCAUGUUAACAAGUUCGUCGCUUGUUGGUGAGGGUCACACC